AUGCCCGAGAAACGCCCCAAGAGAAUCACCAUGCCUGGCAUGAUCUAUGAUGCCAACGAAGUGUUGGGAUGGGCCAUGGACCCCAACACGGGAGGACUCCAUCCCGAACUAUUCGGUCCUUCGUUGCUGGGCAUUGCCUUUAUCACCAUUGUCGAAGCCGGAUUUGUCUUUAGUGGAAAUGUCGGCACGGGCAUUGUCAUGGCCCGCAAUACGAAGGACGGAAGUUGGAGUCCCCCAUCCGCGUUGGGAGUCUCUGGCAUUGGCUGGGGAUUCAUCAUGGGCGCCAGUGUCAAGAAUAUCGUCUAUCUCAUUUACGAUUCCCAAACGCUCAAAUCCUUUUCCGGAGAUGUCGGUGUCAAAGUCGGAACACAGGUCGAAGCUACCAUUGCCAAUUGGGGACGCACGGCCGAAGCCACCACUAUGAUUACCAACAAGGGCGCACUCUGUAGUGGAGAAGGCAUUUACGAACUCACCGAGGCCGAAAAGAAAAAGGCAGCGUCGGUACGAGAAGCCGCUGAAAAGGAGGGAGAAGAACAUGUCAAGGAAGAAAAAGUCGAAUAUGUCAAGGUCGAAGAAGAAGCCAAGAAAGAGUAG